GGGGCGGGGCCCGGCGGCGGCGGCCUCCCGGGGCUGGGGUCCGUCUCGGCGGCAGCGGCGGAAAUCUCGCGAGGGAGCGUAGCCGGGAUUUGGCGGCUGGCUGCCUCCCUCCCUCCCUCUCUCUCGCUGGCUGCGAGGAGCUGGUGUUUGUGUGGAAGGGGGAGGAGGAGGAGAAGGAAGGGACGCGACAGGAGCCCGAGCCCCACCAUCCGCCCAGGGGAGCGCAGCGCCGACCCCGCGCCGGCCGCCCAGCGAGCUCCGUCCUCCCGCCGCCCCCUCGCCCGGCCAUGGCCUCGGGAGACACCCUGUACAUCGCCACCGACGGCUCGGAAAUGCCGGCCGAGAUCGUGGAGCUGCACGAAAUCGAGGUGGAGACCAUCCCGGUGGAGACCAUCGAGACCACCGUAGUGGGCGGCGAGGAGGACGAGGAGGAGGAGGACGAGGACGAGUGCUGCGAGGACUGCGGCCCGCACCACCCGCCGCACCACUACCACCACCACCAGCCCAUGAUCGCCCUGCAGCCCCUCGUCUCGGACGGAGACCCCAGCGGGGCGGGCGGCGGAGCGGCCGGAGGCGGCGGGGGGCAGCUCCACCUGCACCACCACCACCAAGAGGUGAUUCUGGUGCAGACCCGCGAGGAGGUGGUGGGGGGAGACGACUCGGACGGGCUGCGGGCCGACGACGGCUUCGAGGAUCAGAUUCUCAUCCCGGUGCCGGCCCCCGCCGGAGAGGACGAGUACAUAGAGCAGACCCUGGUCACCGUGGCCGCCGCCGGCAGCAAGAGCGGAGGCGGCGGGUCCUCCUCGGCCGGGGGGGGAGGCCGCGUGAAGAAGGGCGGCAGCGGCAAGAAGAGCAGCAAGAAGAGUUACCUGAGCGGGGGAGGCGGCGGCGGGGCCGAGGGCGGCGGCGGCAGGAAAUGGGAGCAGAAGCAGGUGCAGAUCAAGACCCUGGAGGGGGAGUUCUCGGUCACCAUGUGGGCCUCGGAUGAUAAAAAAGAUAUUGACCAUGAAACAGUGGUGGAAGAGCAGAUCAUUGGAGAGAAUUCUCCUCCAGAUUACUCAGAGUACAUGACAGGAAAGAAGCUUCCUCCUGGUGGAAUACCUGGCAUUGACCUCUCGGACCCUAAGCAGCUGGCUGAGUUUGCUAGAAUGAAGCCAAGAAAAAUAAAGGAAGAUGAUGCUCCGCGUACGAUAGCCUGUCCUCACAAAGGCUGCACAAAGAUGUUCAGGGACAACUCUGCUAUGAGGAAGCAUCUGCACACUCAUGGACCUCGAGUACAUGUAUGUGCAGAAUGUGGAAAGGCCUUUGUGGAGAGCUCGAAACUAAAGCGACACCAACUAGUUCAUACUGGAGAGAAACCCUUUCAGUGUACAUUUGAAGGAUGUGGAAAGCGUUUUUCACUGGACUUCAAUUUACGCACACAUGUGCGAAUUCAUACUGGCGACAGGCCCUAUGUUUGCCCAUUUGAUGGCUGCAAUAAGAAGUUUGCGCAAUCAACUAACCUGAAAUCUCACAUUUUAACACAUGCUAAGGCCAAAAACAACCAGUGAAGGUUGGAGGAAAAGUUCUUGAACUCAAAACCAUCUUACAGGAGAAUGAAUUGAAAAUAAAUACGCUUCCCCUUUGUAUAUUGUUUCUAGGAAAGAAUUUUAAAAAAAAGAACCCUACAAACCUAAAGGACAUGUUUUGAUAAGUAGUAAAUAAAAAGCAAAAAACUUUCAGGUGACAUUGCUGAGAUGCUCUACCUUGCUCUGUAAUCCCGUUUCAAGAACACGGUGUUUUGUAAAGUGUGGCCCUGACCAGAGGGGUCGGUUCGUGAACUUGCAUCAAAAAAGACGAUUCUUUAUACAACAGUGCUAAAAUGGGACUACUUUUCACAUUCUUAUGAAUAUGGAGCUCACCUGUUGCUUACAAUUUUUUUAAUUUUGUAUUCCAAGUGUGCAUAUUGUACACUUUUCGGGGAUAUGCGUAGUAAUGCUAUGUGUGAUUUUCUGGAGGUUGAUAACUUGCUUGCGGUAGAUUUUCUUUAAAAGAAUGGGCAGUUACAUGCAUACUUCAAAAGUAUUUUCCUGUAAAGAAAAAAAGUUAUAUAGGUUUUGUUUGCUAUCUUAAUUUUGGUUGUAUUCUUUGAUGUUAACACAUUUUGUAUAAUUGUAUCGUAUAGCUGUAAUGAGAUCAUGUAGUAUCAAAUAUUAGAUGUGAUUUAAUAGUGUUAAUCAAUUUAAACCCAUUUUAGUCACUUUUUUUGGAGAAAUACUGCCAGAUGCUGGUGUUCAGUGUAAUUUCUUUGCCUGUUCAGUAACGGAAAGUGGUGCUCAGUUGUAGAAUGUAUUGUACAGGCACUGACCUUUUAUUAACACCUGAUAAUAUGUACAUCCCAUGUAAUAGAAAGGGCAACAAUAAAACAGUCGUCCUAAAGAAAGAAUAUGGCAGAAAAUGAUCUGUAAGCACAGUCUAUUUUCUUUUGUCCAGAGCAAUCCUAGUUCCUCUUGAUCUUCCCAAUAUUGGAAGCUAAAUAAACUCAAGUUUCCUUACUUGGCAUUCAAUUAGAAUGAUUUGUGAUGAAAUUCCGUAAUGCCACGUCAGGUGGUAUACAUAAAUAUAACUGAUGACUAUAAUUCUGUUUUUGUGUGACCUAGACUUCCAUUAACUGGAGUGGUGGAUUUGGAUACUCGUCAAUAUAGUGAGAUUUCAGUAUACCUGGAAAGCAAGUGGGUGAAACAAUAUGGUAAAUAGCUAAAUGGGCACUGUGCUUAAUUGUAGGAGAGUAAUCUUGAAUGUUUAAAUACAAUAGGACAUGGGAGAACUGUGGGGCUUGGUCACAGCAGGAAAAAGAAAGCUGUCAUCUUCUUUCGGCUGUCUUGUUUGACUGAAUAUUUCUUGGAACCUCCUUGGAUACCUUUUACUUUAGAACAGCCACUCAUAGUUCUCAGAGAACUUCGUGGAUUUUGGAAGGUCUGGCUAAAAGUGGUUACUUCUCGUUUGUUCACGUGUUCAAAAUAAGAAAUAUGCAGAUAAUAUAGUAAAAAUGUGACUGACUAAUAAACAUGAGUGCACAUAAA